AUGAAGCCUGUUGUAGGUCAGAAAUUCCAAUCAUUGGAUUUCACUUUCGCUUUCUACGAUGUAUAUGCCCGCGCAGUUGGCUUUGAUAUGCGCAAACAAGCUAUGAGGAAGGUUGAUGAUGUCACGACCUGGUAUCAAGUUGUAUGCAAUAGGGAAGGAAGGAAGAAGGGCGAAGAGGAUGGUCAGUUGAAUGCCCGUUCUGGUUUCACAAUCAAGCGUAGGAAGUUAUCUAACCGGUGUGGUUGUACAGCUAGUAUAUCCUUCAGGUUUUUCUCGGAAGAUUGCUCGUCAGGAUACAUAAUUCAGGAGUUCAAUGAGAUUCAUAACCAUCACAUGGUUGAGACGGAACAUCAGCAAUUCAUGUCAAGUAAUCGCAAGUCGGAUGAUGUACAUCAUAAAUUUAUUCUCGACUGUUCCAGGGCGAAUAUAGGACCCACGCUUACAUUUAAGGUAUUGAAGGAGAUUCUUGGUCGGUUUGAACUAGUUGGUUGCACUGUUGGGGAUAUCAGGAAUGCCUCACGGGACAUCAAAGCAUAUGCACAAGGAUUUGAUGUACAAAUGGUGUUGGAUGACAUGGCUAAGAAGAAGGAGAUGUCCGAGGCUUUUACCUAUCACUACGAAGUUAACGAAUCUGACCAGUUGGUUGCUCUGUUUUGGUGUGACGGUGUGAUGAAGAGAAAUUACCACAUGUUUGGUGAUAUUGUGUCCUUCGACUCCACGUACAACACAAACAGGUACUGUAUGAUCUUCACUCCUUUCACUGGAAAGGAUAAUCAUGGUAGUCCUGUGACAUUUGCGGCCGGGUUGGUGUGCAGCGAGAAAACAGGGGCAUUUGCUUGGUUGUUCAGACAUUUUGUAGAUUGUAUGGGUGUAGCACCCAGGAUGAUUGUGACCGAUCAAGAUUUGGUCAAGGUACCAAACAGAUUAUUGCGGGACGACGAUUUCAAAAAGGAGUUUAACGCUUGUGUUUGGUCGGACCUAUUAGAGCCGGACGAAUUCGAGGAGGAGUGGAAUAGAUUGGUCGAACAUCAUCAGCUAGAGGACAUCGACUGGUUCAACACAUUGUAUGCAUAUAGGAAGUACUGGAUACCGGCGUACUUCAGGGAUUUUCCUAUGAGAUCGAUGAUUAGGACUACGUCCAUAUCUGAAUCAGAGAAUAGUUUCUUCAAAAAAUUUCUGAAGCCCCGAGCUAACAUAGCCGAAUUCUACCUGAAUUUCAACCACGCCAUAGAAUUCCAACGGAACAGUAGAACAGCUUUGGACUAUCAUGAUGCCACUUCCAUACCCAUACUCGCAACUACUCUGCCGUUCGAGAAACAUGCUUCCACGUUGUUUACCGACAGUAUGUUCAGGAAAAUACAAGAAGAAAUUGUGGAGGGUAAUGAUAGAUGUCGUGUGCUGAGUUUUAUGUCAGGAGAAACUGUUGACACAUACAAGCUUGGCGAUAGCAAGCGCAAUGCAUAUUUUGUUCGUCAUGACAAGACUGAUGAUACUUACUCGUGCGAAUGCAAACUUUUUGGUCGGCAUGGUUAUUUGUGCAGUCAUAUAUUUUUCUUGUUUCAGAACAAUGAGGUGAAAAAAAUCCCGGAUAAAUACAGUGAAAGUCGAUGGAUGAAGACUCCCUUAGCCAAGGUUGUACACGGGGAGUUUCAGGAUCCCUUGCUUACCCACUCAUCCGCUGACGAUAGGCAAAUUGUGUCAAAGAAGGCGAUUUCGAUGUUUUAUGGUUUUCUUAGACAGUUUGAGACCGACAUUGAUGCUUUACGUUCAUUUGUAGCUGGCGUCGAAGAACUUGGCAACUCUCUUCAAACUGGUACUCCGGCAACUUCAGUCGCUGAGAAGAGGCGUAUGGUUGAAGAGUUUUAUGGAAUGGUAAGGCCUGAAUCUGUUGCGGUGCAUCCUCCCGAUGUCGUGAAGACGAAGGGUCACGCCAGCAGCUCGGCGAGCCGUCUGAUAUCAAAGAGAGAGAAGACUAUAAAGGAUGCGACUAGGCCUCCUAGACGGUGUAAGGCUUGCGAUGAGUUGGGUCAUCACGACUCCAGGAACUGUCCUGUACUUAAAAGAGAUGACGAUGGAGAAAGAUGCGCGGAAGGGGAAAAAUCCAGCUUGAAUCAUGUCGUAUAA